AGAAUCAAAUCAACCCAUUUCAUCAAAUUCAGUAGUUCGACUCUUCUUCUUCAUCACCAACAUCUACCAAAAGCUCUAUACUUUUUUUUUUCUAGAAGAAAAUCAAAUAUUGAUCUCUCGUCUUUCUUUUUGGAAGCCAUGGAAAAGCUUUAAAGUAUAAACCCCAAUCGAAUAAACCACCGACAAAACAAAACCAGAAGAUUCCCAUUUUCCAUUAAACCCUGAAGAGAAGCUGAAAUAAUCUACAAAUCCAACCUACCCAAUUUCUACACAACCUUAGAAUUACAAAAGAAACCCAAGUUCUACUGAAUCUUGCAAAGAACAUCCUCGUUUGAUGUCAAAGCACAUGUCUUAUCUUGAUAACAUUCCACCGACACCGGGGAAAUUCAAGAUGGAAAAAUCGCCUUACGUUCACAAUAAAUUGAGGUGGCACUCAUCUCUUAUGAAGCUCACAUUUUGGUCCUUCGUCUUCUUGGUCUUGAUCUUCAUCUUCUUCUAUCGACCCCCUCCCUCGAAUCCCCUCACUCAAGAUCCAUCUCGCCGCUCUCUCCGCACCCACAACUGGGGUGGACCCGUUUGGGAAAAACGGGUCCGUUCCUCCGCCCGUAUCCGUUACAGUGACGGUAUCUCCGUCUUGGUCACCGGAGCCGCCGGUUUCGUUGGCACCCAUGUGUCGACUGCUUUGAAAAAGCGUGGGGAUGGUGUUCUUGGACUCGAUAAUUUCAAUGACUAUUACGACCCUUCAUUGAAAAGAGCUCGUCAAGCUCUUCUGGACCGAAGCGGGGUUUUCAUCGUGGAAGGAGAUAUCAAUGAUUCGACUCUUUUAAGGAAACUUUUUGAGGUUGUCGCGUUCACCCACGUUAUGCAUUUGGCUGCUCAAGCUGGUGUCAGGUAUGCCAUGGAAAAUCCUAGCUCUUAUGUGCAUAGCAAUAUCGCUGGUCUCGUUAGUUUACUUGAAGCUUGCAAAUCUGCUAAUCCACAACCUGCAAUUGUGUGGGCUUCUUCGAGUUCCGUUUACGGGCUUAAUAAAAAAGUCCCAUUUUCUGAGAAAGAUAGGACUGAUCAACCUGCUAGUUUAUAUGCUGCUACUAAGAAAGCUGGUGAAGAAAUUGCUCACACUUAUAAUCAUAUAUAUGGUCUUUCUUUAACUGCCUUGAGGUUUUUCACAGUUUAUGGCCCUUGGGGUAGGCCAGAUAUGGCAUAUUUCUUCUUCACUAGGGACAUUUUGAAGGGAAAGACCAUAUCGAUAUUCGAAGCAGCUAAUCAUGGUACAGUAGCUAGAGAUUUUACCUACAUCGAUGACAUUGUUAAAGGGUGUUUAGCAGCCUUGGAUACAGCGGAGCAGAGUACUGGUAGUGGAGGGAAGAAGAAAGGUCCUGCUCAAUUCAGGAUAUACAAUUUGGGGAAUACUUCUCCGGUGCCGGUUUCGGAUCUUGUGAGCAUCUUAGAGAGGCUUUUAAAGGUUAGUGCAAAGAGGAAUUUUAUCAAGUUGCCACAAAAUGGGGAUGUUCGGUUCACUCAUGCUAAUAUUAGUUUGGCUCAGAGGGAGCUCGGUUACAAGCCCUCCACUGAUUUGCAGACUGGCUUGAAGAAGUUUGUCAAAUGGUAUCUCGGUUACUAUUCUGGUGGGAAGAAGGCUGCUGGAUAAUCCAUUCUUUAAUUUGUGGUAGGAUCCUCUGAAUUCUUGUUCAUUAUCAUUGUUUUUCGACAUUUCUUUGUUCGUUGCCCUAUUAUUUGUUGUUUCACAUACAAGGAGGGACGCCAUGGCCUAGUUUGAAGCAAUUUUUCGAUCAAUGGACAUUGUUUGCUGGUCGGGCACUCCAAAACACCCCCAUUUCAUUUUCCAUGGACUGUAAUUGUUGUUAGUUUUGGCAUUGUGGAACUAAUGAGUGGUAUAGUAUUGGUUAACAUGUAUCAUUGCAAUGCAAUUUCAAUAAAAUAGCUCAUUCAUGCACUAUAUGUUGUGGCCUCUCUCAAUUUCAAGUGAAUGCUAUAUCUUUGUUCCUGUA